ACUAUUUGAUGUUUUGUCAGCUCUAUGAGUAUCACUACAUAGAAGAGGAAAAGCCCUGGAUUGAAGCUCAGCAGUACUGCAGAGAGAAGCACACUGACCUGGCCACAGUGUUUAACUUCACAGAGAUGGAGAGACUCCUCAGUAUCUCAGCAGGGGAUAUGAAGGAGGCUUGGAUUGGUCUGUAUGAUCAGACAGAUGGUAUCAGAACCUGGUACUGGUCUCUGCCUGGAGUGGAGUUUAAUGAGACAAACUGGUAUGAAGGAGAACCAGAUGAUAGAGAAACGGAGAACUGUUACUUUAUACAACGAGACAAUAAUCUUCAAUGGGAAGACAUUUCAUGUGAUUUUGAAAUUUUUUUCAUUUGCUAUAAUGAAAGUAACACAUCACAGAAAUUCUACCUGAUUGAACAAAAUAAGACGUGGCUGGAAGCACAGAGUUACUGCAGGAAGAAACACACAGACCUGAUCAGUGGACUGGACCAGCUACAGGAUGAACAAUUCCUAAAUCUAUUUAAUCUUACAGAAAACCAGCAUGUGUUCAUCGGUUUGUUCAGAGACACCUGGAGGUGGUCAGAUGGAAGCAGCUUUUCUUUCAGACACUGGAACCUACAGUAUGAUGAUGAUAACUACAACAGCGGCCAAUGUGCCGUCACUGUGUUUGAUGAUGAAGGCAGAUGGAAGAAUGAGGACUGUAGGGAGAAAAAACCCUUCAUCUGUUAUGAUGCUGCAAUGACAUCAGCAAAAAAUACCACAAACCUCCAUUCGGACAUUGGACUUGGACAACAUAAUGACACUGGGAUAAAUCAACCCAUGAUACGACGUUAUAUCUUCUCUCCAAACAAAGACCCUCAGAGUGAGAACAACUAUACAACAGCACCAACUACCACCUAUGAGAAAUACGAGUUUAAAUUUGAAGAUUCUACUGAAGAUAUUGGUAUAUCAAUGGCCAUUGGUUCAGCUGUAUUUGUGUUCAUUGUCAUCAUUAUUUGCUUUGCAGCAGCACGAAAAGGGGGAAACAGCAGAGAUAGAGGAUCAGACCGGAAUGUGGAGAUAAGGAUGGAACAAGGAGCUGGUCCCAACGAGAAUUUGGAUGAAUUUGCCUCCUGCUUUGGUAAAUGCUUCGGUGAAUUCUUCUGCACUGUCUUAAAAGCUGCUGCUGAUGAGUAAAGUUAAUCAAAACAAAGUGCUCUUAAAAAAAUGAAAAUUAAAUCAAUUAAAACUGAAUUAUGCUCUAUAUAGAUUGUAUUUAGCAGCACUAAUCCAGAAUCCUUUUCAUUUUGCUCGAGUAAAUGAAAUAACAAAAAAAAGUUAGGACUUUAAGACACUUGCUUCUCAGUGUAUCUAAUUAAUAAAAAUAUUAAUCCCUGGUGCU